AUGUGGUUCUGUACUGCUGUGUUUAUAGGCUAUUUCUGUACCAGCCUUGUACAGGCAGCCUGUCAAGUGGAAUUCGAUCAAUCAACAACAGGCGCUGGAAUUCUGAAGACCACCUUCGAUAGAAAACCGUACUGUGCGUAUCUGGGUGUACGGUAUGCCAAGCCACCCGUUAAACAGCUACGAUUUCGUCAUUCGAUUUUACAUCACCCAAGUGGACAUCAUAACUAUACGUCUUCAGGCAGCAUAUGUCCUCAAUUUAGAAGCACUCUACUGAAAGAUCUUGUUUUGGGCGAUGAGGACUGUUUGUUUGCCAAUAUUUACUCUCCCCGGGUUGACGAAGCUACGAAUGUAUCCUCAACGAAGACAUAUCCAGUGUUGGUGUUUGUGCAUGGUGGAAGUUAUUUAGAAGGCCAUGGAGAAAAGGACAUACACGGUGUAGAUUUGCUUAUGGACAGUGGAGUUCUUGUAGUAACAUUCAACUAUCGAUUACACGUGCUUGGCUUUCUAAAAUUGGACUUUCGCAAUAUUAGUGGGAACUAUGGUUUAAAGGAUCAAACCACGCUCCUUCGAUGGGUACAACGAUACAUUAAAUAUUUUGGUGGUGAUUCUGAUCAAGUCACCUUAAUGGGGCAAAGUGCUGGAGCAGCCGCUGUAUCACACCAUCUGUACAUACCACAAUCUGAAGAUCUCUUUCAUCGAUUGAUUGCAUUGAGUGGCUCGUUGUUGGCAUCGUGGUCAUUUAUGUACGAACAUCAGCUUUGUUCUGCGGAAUAUCUUACAGACCUCAAACAGAACUCAUCAGAACAGCUUCAGUUAAUGAAUUUUCAAGAGUUUUUCAUUAAAAAUCAACCGAACAAGUAUUGGCUUCCAUUUGCAUCGAUGGGAACUCCUUACUUUAUACCCGUCCAGGAGCUGGAUGAGAUACAUGGGGAUAACUUCACGGUGCAUGAAUCUCACAAAGCGGUUUUGCGUCCUCCAGUCACUCGUGUUCCGAUACUAUUAGGCGAAACUGCCCGAGAAUUUGAAGAUGUAGUGAAGGACUUUAACCAGUUUGUGUUCUAUCCCAAUAUUCCACUAAAUUGGACAAGGUCUACAGUAAAUGAUUUCAUAUCUUCUGUACAUGACUUUGUGACCUUGAUGGUCACCGAAGGUCACGCCAACUCUAGUGAAGAAGUGAUUCAACACAUCGCUAGCAUCGCCAACUUGAAGUACCCGUUGCGAAGAUUAGCAAGCGAUCUUGCUCAAUCAUUGGAUCCAACUAACCAUCCUAUUUAUUACUUACGAUUUGAGUACGAUGGACGCUUUGGAAAGGCGAAACAUGAUUACUAUCUCGACUACCUGGAAAAAUCAGAGUAUGGAGCGAUGCAUGGUGAUGACUUGGGGUAUAUUUUUUCUCCCUUCAAUCUGAACCAAGCAUUGGCAGCAAUUGAUGACUAUCGCGAAGAGUUCAGAGUACAUCGUUCGACUGUUGAACUGAUAGCGAACUUCAUCAAGCAUGGCAAUCCAACACCUACACGUAGUGAGCACUCCAACAUCACCUGGACGGCACUAAACGGGAACAGCUCGGUCAACACAUAUUUAAAUAUCGAUCAAACGUUUGAGUUACGUAAGUUCGAAGAUGAUAAAUACUUCAAGUACUGGGAAAAAGCAUACAACUGUUUGUAUUACUAUGCUUGUGAUGAAAUUCUUCGACCAAGAAAGAGUCAAACGUAG